UCGGUGUUUAAGGAAAUCAGUGCAGGGGCGAGGUCAGGGGUCAGGGGUCAGCGCGGCGCCGUUGCUGUGGAGACGGAGCAGGUGUUGGGCGCGAUGGCGGCGGGGAAUUGGCUGGGCCGCCUGAGAGCGGCGGAGAAAACAGCGAUGGUUCAGGAAGGUCGGAGGAAAGUACAUUACGUGUUUCCUGAUGGCGCUGAAAUGGUGGAAGAGUAUGAAAUUAGCAGUGAUGAGCUCAAAGUUAGAAAGUGGAAGCAGAAGACUACGCUGGGAUCCCCUGGACAGUGGCAAUUCGAGGUGGGGGAAGCGUACUCUAGAGUUGUCGGGAGCCUCGAGCAGCCGCUGAUACAGGAGAGUAGCAGCAAUCCAAUAUUUACAAGAAAGGACACAAAGACCUGCUUCCAGUGGCGGAUUCGAAAUCUACCGUACCCCAAAAAUGUGUACAGCGUUACCGUUGACCCAGAUGAGCAACGUUGUAUUGUGAGGACAUCUAACAAAAAGUAUUUCAAGAAGUUCAACAUUCCUGAUCUGGACCGCUGCUGCCUCCCUCUGGACGGUUCUGCACUCAGCUUCACGCAUGCCAACAACACCCUCAUCAUCACAUAUCAGAAGCCAACUGCAAUCCUGAAGCUGGAGCAGGAAGUGGUGCAAGAACUGAAGAAGAUGAAAGUGGCUGAGGAUGGAGAUGUGGAGUGUAAAACACAAUGACCACAGCACUCACUGGCAUUCUACCUCAUGCACAUCUCUUGUAGUUGGGCCUACUGUUCCAAAUCCAUUUUUCAGCACUGUGUUAAAACAUUCAAUUAAGUUUCUAAUGCAAAGCACCUUUGCACUGGAUUGUAGAACAUAGAACAGUAUAGGCCUUCAGACAACAUUUUACCCUACUCCACAGUCAAUCUUGCCCUUCCCUCCUGUUUUACUUUCAGCCAUGUGCCUAACUGAGUCUCGUACAUAUCCCUAAUGUAUGCGUUUUCAUUCCUGGCAGGGUGUUCCACGAUCCCGCCUAUUAACCUACCUCUGACAUCUGCCGCCACCCCCCCCCCAUACUCAAAUCACCAUAAACGCGUACCCGCUCUCAUCAGCCAUUUCUGAUCUGUGAUUAGUUGCGUCGAUGUUGGAUAUGGCCACAGCAUUCAGCUCCCAGGCCCUCAACCCACUCCACAAUUUCAGUCAGUUGCUUGUUGGGUUACUCUGCCCAGCUCUAUAACUGUUGUACAAAUAAGUAAUUAACUUUAUCAUACACAUUCAUGUGUGUUAGGAAUUUGCUGCAGUGUGUUGUGCAACAAAAACAACAUUCACGUUAUAUUGAAUAAAAAUAAUUUAAAAUAUAAAGAUUAAAGUACAGUAAUGGAAUAAAAUCUUCAUAAAUACCAGCUUGUAUUUCACAAUGUAAACAGCAUUAUAAAAAAUGGUUUAGUGUUUAUAGUGCAGUGAUGUGGUAAUAGAUAGAAUCAUUGAUAAAUUUAUUAAUAGAUUUACAUUACAACAGCUCCCUGUGAAGCACAGUGUUAUGUUAUUUCGAAAUGCAAGGCUUUAUU